AUGAAUUCCUCCUUACCCACGAUCGUGGAAGAUUUACCCACCAGCAGACGCCAAUUUGACUAUAUCAUUGUUGGCGGGGGCACGGCUGGCUGUGUCAUUGCCGACAGACUCGCCGAGAAUUUGCCCAAUGCCACCAUUCUCAUGAUCGAAGGUGGCGAAAGCGAGCUGGGCAAGGAGGAAAUUCUCAACCUCAAUGGCGCCGCUGAUCUUUGGGGUUCCGACACGUAUGAUUAUUCAUACCGUUCUGUUCCACAGCCCUAUGGAAACAGCAAUAUCAUCCAUUCCCGUGCCAAGAUGUUGGGUGGCUGUUCUAGCCAUAAUGGUGCGAUUUCAUUUGCUCCACUCGCAUAUGAUUGCAAGAGAUGGCAAGAUCUGGGCGCUGAGAACUGGACACACGCGGAAAUGCUGCGCCUAAUGCGCAAGCUCCGCAACAAUAUCAUACCGGUCGACGAACGCCAUCGCAGUCAGUUGUACCCCCACAUCGACGAUUUCAACCGUGAGAUAGAAGAGCGCGGCAAUCUCACGACGGGAUGUGGCUUUCUCAGUAUGGCCUACACACCGGAGAAUAAUCACCGGAGCAGUGCUAGUGUCGCGUACAUUCACCCAAUCCUUCGCGGCGAAGUCAAGCGGCCGAACUUGACCAUCCUACAGAACACAUGGGUCUCGCGGAUCCUGUUCCAAGGAACCACUGCUACAGGUGUCACCGCAACAACCCAAGCUGGGCAUGAGUACACGCUUGUGGCAACGUCCGAAAUCGUGCUAUGUGCCGGGGCUAUCGAUACUCCACGUCUGAUGCUGCUUUCUGGCCUUGGCCCGCGUGAACAGUUGGCCACCCAUCAAAUACCCCUUAUCCAUGAUAUACCCGGUAUCGCCAUGGGCUCCGAGGGUGUCAUGGUGUUACGCCGUGAGGAGAUCAACGCUCGCGGUGAUGAUAAUGACGUUAUGGACAGUCUCUUCCACAUGUUCACCGUUCCCUUUGACACCUAUACCAAGCCUAUGGGCUACGAAACACCCAAGAACGCCUUUUGCGUUAUUCCGUAUACGCCUCGACCUGCCUCGGUUGGCCGUCUAUGGCUGAAGUCAGCCAAUCCAAAGGAUAAACCGAUGCUCGACCAGCGCUAUUUCAGUGAUCCGGAGGGAUAUGACAAGGCUAGCAACCUCUUCAUGCUAAAGAUGGCACGCCGUAUGGCCCAGGCCGAACCCUUCAAAAAGUAUAUCAAGCGUGAAAUUGCCCCAGGAGCUCACAUUGUCUCCGACGAGGACCUUUGUGAAUACGGCCGGAAGGUCCACAAUACCGUCUACCACCCAUGUGGUACUGCAAAGAUGGGAAAUGUUGAGACCGAUCGCAUGGCGGUUGUUGAUCCAUCUCUUAAGGUGAGGGGGGUCAAGCAUCUUCGCGUUGCGGAUGCCAGCGUAUUCCCUUGCAUGACUUCGAUCAAUCCUAUGAUCACAGUCUUGUCGAUUGGUGAACGAGCUGCUGAGCUCAUCAUCAAGGAUGCUUGCCGAGCUGAACGAGCUGUACUUUGA